CAUGUUUUCGAGGCCGGGGAGCUUUAAAUAAAGUCGCGGAACGACGGGACAGGUUUCCACGCUCUGGGGCGGCGCGCGAAGAGGUUCCUUGUCGCCAUGAAGACAGCAGCUCUUCUCGUUGCCCUGGCCGUCGUGCUGGUUCCCAUUUUCGCAAACCCAAGUCUUCAAAGACGGGAAAGACGUCAAGUGCUUCUGGAGAGAUUGGGGAGACUCUACAAGGAGCAGGCAGUUGUGAGUGGCCGCGCCAAGAGGGACUUAUUGGCCGGCAUGAACAUGCAGGACGCGAUGGGCAUGUUCGGCUCCAUAUUGACGGAUACCAUGGCCACAGCGGACGAGAAGAAGAAGGAGGCGGAGGAGAAGGGAGAAGACGGGAAUAGCGCGUUCCAGAAGAGCAUGAUGACAGAUUUAAAAGAGAACUUUGAAAUGAUUUCAGGCAUGAUAAACCCGCCAAAAGAAGAGGAAGAAGAGGAGAAGAAAUGAGAGUCCCAUAUUUGAAGUACCGGAGAAAAAAAUAUUUAAUUUUUAACGUAAUUUAUGGUCGAUAAGACACGGUGGACUACCCAGCGGCCAUACAAAUAAAGAAAUUGAUGUAGUAAAUGUUUAAGUAUUGAAAAUUUGUAAUUGUAUUAUUUGCAGUUAUAGUUAAGUGAUUAAAUAAAUUUCCUGCUAAUUGUUACGUUUUCAUUUACGAUUCAACUUGUUUCGGAUAUUUCUGAUUUGCUCGUGCUAUUGAUCCUAACUAUGCUGUACGUAAAUGAAAUAUACAAAUUUUAUACUAAGAAA